AUGUCUGCGCUAUUUGAAUGGGCAUUUGGAAAGAAGCUCACUCCCCAGGAACGUCUUCGAAAGAACCAGAGGGCUCUUGAGAAGACCCAAAGAGAGUUGUCCAGAGAAGUCAAUAAACUACAAUCUCAGGAAAAGACCUUGAUGCUGGAAAUCAAGAAGCUGGCCAAACAAGGCCAAAUAGCGAGUGCCAAAAUUCAAGCAAAGGACCUUGUAAGGACCAAGAAUUAUAUUGUCAAGUUUAACCUGAUGAAAGCUCAGUUGCAGGCUAUCCUGUUAAGAAUUCAGUCGGUUAGGAGCAACCAGCAAAUGGGAAGUUCUAUGAGGGACGCCACAAGGCUAUUACUGGGAAUGAAUAGAUCGAUGAAUUUGCCUCAGCUUUCUAGGAUUGCUCAGGAGUUUGCUAAAGAGAAUGACCUUAUGGAUCAGAAACAGGAAUUCAUGGAUGAUGCUAUAGACGAUGCAAUGGCAGACGACGAAGAAUUGGGAGAGGACGAGCAGGUUGAUGAGAUUCUUACCAAGGUAUUAGAUGAAAUUGGAGUUGAUAUCAACACUUCCUUGAAAGAUACACCCAACACUAUCAAUGUUGAGAGCCCCGGCAAAGUGGAUUCUAGAGUUGCAGAGGCUAUUGGCGGUCACGGUGGUGCUGGAGCACUGGAGGAAGAUGAUUUACAAGCCAGAUUGGAUAGUCUCAAGAAAUAA